UAAGAGGAGGUGACCUCAUGGUGUAUCAAGGGUGAGGAGUUAGGAGUUAGCCUUGUGAGACAGUUGAGAAGGCAGCAACCAUAAUCAAGGCUACAGAGAUGGUCAAACUGUCCAUACUCCAGAAGUAGAAGUAGGCUUGGUUUAAUGAUUCCUAUCCUGGGCUCCGGGAAUCCCUUUCCUAUGUACUCAGAUUUUGUAUGUUUCCGAGGCCCCUUCUGGGGAAGAAAUGUUUCUCAUGCAUAAGAGUUUUUGAAGGAGCAUAUGGUCCCCACAGUGUCACAAACUGGCCAUGUCAAAGAGAUUUGAUGGACUGCCAGUAGAUGAAGGUGGUGGGAUCACCAGCCUGAUUGUUUCCUUGUCAAAACAGCAGCCCAGAGAGAUUAAACUAACGCAAUGGAGCAGAGGCCUUGGCUUUUAGAUGGACACUGGAGAUGAGGGAAAAGGAGGGAUUGUCACCAAGGGGAUGGAUUAGGAGAAGAAAGAAGAGGGGCUAUGGAGGAGUUGGCUGGUUUCCUUUUGGAAAGGAUGCACUGGAGGUGAUUUGGAGGCAGCUGAACCUGAGGAUCGUGCUCAGAGGAUUACAGGACAACCAUUACAGCACAAAAGAUCAAAUUUCCCUUAGAAAUCUCCAGUCUGGUGUUACAGAGAGGAAAUCUGACUUCACCAAGGAAACUCUGGCAUCACGAAAUACAAAAAUGAUUUCGUCCAUAGUCAUUUCGCAGCUGAUUGAUGAGAACAAAUCAAAAGAAGAUGUGGCCGUGUUGCCGCUGCCCUGUGGGAUGAUGGCCCAGCCUCCAGCGUGCCGCACUAAGCCUGCUUUGGCUCUGCGCAGCGGCGUCAACAUCCACAGGGCGUUUGCGUUACUUCCGGACAGACCAGGAAUUCCCACGGCGUCAGAUGAACGAAGACCAGAGAUAGAUUUGCCGCCUGCAGGGGACAGCGUGUGCGGCGGCCCUCGCCAGGGGUUCUCGUCCAUCACCAUCACAGCGCGGCGCGUGGGCCCCCCAGCUGGCGCCCUGGUGUGGGGCACUGUUGGGGACGCUUUGUGCCCCAAGUGUGGGGCGGAGAGUGCUCUGGGCAGGGGUCCCUCAGCCCAGGCUGGCGGUCUCCACCGACGCCCACACCAUGAGCCUCUUGCCUGCACAGAGUUCCCCAAGAAAGGCUCUGUGGUGAGGCUGAAGGCCCCCGAGGCCCAGGCGCGGAGGUACACAGGUCCCGAGUACUGGGUCACUCAGGUGGACAGCAAAGAGAACAGUUUUCCUCCAGACGCCCCGCCUUCCGGAAAGGGCCCGCUAGUGUUUAGCUCCUGUGUCCACCUGCGGGUGUCUCGGCAGUGUCCGAAUUCCAUCUACUACUUGGACAAGUCUCUCUCUGUCCCAGUGGGGCAACCUAAAGUUGUCAGUCCCCAAAUGUACAGAUCCGUCCUGUCGCUCAACCUCCGUUGUAGUUCCCACGGGUUAACAGCAGAUGGAGUAGAUGGCCUAGCUAACGGAGAGCCAAUAAGCAGAGCCCUGAAGCAGGAGCUCCUGGAGGGAAACCACAACCUCCUAGGCUCGCUCUGGAAUCCAGCUUUACCAGAAAGUCACUCGAAAGAAAACCCUUCACUGGGUCCGGUGCUUUUGGGGACUGGUACAUGCCCUUGGAGUGACUGUCCUCCGCUGGAAAAUAUAGAAAUCGCAGAUGUGGGAACUAACCAGUUCACUGUUAGAAACGGUAAAGACCACCGUGCAACUCGUCCUGCCACCAGUCAUGGCAACCAACUGUCCAUUCACAUUCCUGGCUGGAGUUACAAGGGAGGAGAUUAUACAUGCUGUGACUUGGUUGUAAAAAUAAAAGAAUGUAAGAAGAAUGAGGACUCCACCACACCUGAGAUCUCACCAGUACCUGCCUCACCAACACCCCUCAAGGGACCUGCGACCCCUGGUUUGUCAGAAGACACUCCUGAUCCUCAGGAUGCACCUUCAAGCACUUUGACUUUGCAGGAAGCUCUGGAAGUCCAUAAACCUCAGUUCAUUUCUCGCUCCCAAGAAAGGCUGAAGAAGCUAGAACACAUGGUACAACAGAGAAAAGCUCAGCGGAAGGAGAGCCUGGGGCAGAAGCAGAGUCCCCUUCCCAUCCGCAUCAACAAGAAGCAGUUCACCAUUCCCCAUCCUCUUAGUGAUAACUUGUUCAAACCCAAAGAAAGGUGUAUUUCAGAGAAGGAGAUGCACAUGCGAUCUAAAAGAAUCUAUAAUAACUUGCCGGAAGUUAAAAAGCAAAAAGAAGAACAAAAGAAACGGGUGAUUUUACAGAGUAACAGACUCCGUGCUGAAGUCUUCAAAAAGCAAUUACUGGACCAGCUUCUUCAAAGAAAGGCGGUCUGACCCCAGGCUGCCCUGCUGACCAUUACCUAGACCUGGGAAGACUUCAAACACUGCAUAAGCCGUUAAACAUACCAUUAUCUUCAUGACAUGAACAUACUUUUUUUUUUUCAUAAAGGAGAACACUUCGUGAAUGACUGACCCAAGCAAACAGAAAGAGUAAUCCUCAAGGAAAUAGGUCAAUAAUCUGGUGGAGAAAUCAAUUCCAUGUAACCCACUAGACUUAGUCCUCUUCAUUUUUUGACUUCUGAGUUUAACCCCUUGCUUCUGAUGUUUCCUCCCUGCCAUUACCACCCAAGCAGAAAAUCCUAAAUACAUUCAAGUGUGCUUAGA